AGAGUAGGUGCUCUUCCCCCCUGUGCCCUCCUGCUCCGACGUCACGUGGCACUCCUGUUCUCUCAUUGUGGACACUACUGGCAUCCGCCAACCACGUCGCUGCAACCAAUCAUUCACACAGUCUGCAUGAUAUCCUGUACAACUCGGUGGCUGGUGCUCUAUUGUCCAACAUGGCGCAUUCUCUGCUCCUGUUGCCAAGUGGCAUUGUGCAGCCGAAUGUGGCAGCCAUGCUCCUCCUGCUUCGACUCCUCCAGCAGCUCACAAAGGCACCACACAUCGACAGUCGACUAUCUUCACAGGCCAACACACCAACAGCCGUGUCUCAGCAAUGGUGGGCGUGGCUUGUUGACAUGGAGCGCGCCAUUGGUGUGCUGGUGGGCAAGUGUCUGCGAGCACCAAUCACCAGUCAGCAACUGCCGUCGCCGGCCAAUCACAAUCAAGCAAUGCUCUGGCUCGAGAGCCCUCUUUUCGCCUUCGGACAUGACUGCACCGACCAGACUAUGCCAG